AUUCAGCGUGACAUCCGCAGCGAGUGGACUAUUUAGCUAACGGACAUGAGUGCAAGUUCCUACCAUACCGUGUUCGCACCUCGCGCUCGUAGCGCCACUCAUACUCGGAAGUUUCGCCAGCUUGCACAUGUUCAAGCGGCGCAGUCCGGGAGUAACGCUGUGAAGCUGGCGAAUUCAACUCCUCCUAAUGACUCCAUGCUACGUGCGGCAAAAGGUGAAAAAGUUGACCGCACUCCCGUGUGGUUAUUCCGGCAAGCUGGACGGCACCUUCCGGAAUACAAUGAAUACAAAAAGGUGAAGAACAAAAACUUUCUUGAGCUCCUCAAGGAUCCGAAAGAUGUAGCAGAGUGCACACUCCAGCCUGUUCGAAGGUACAAUGUAGAUGCCGGAAUCCUUUUUUCUGAUAUUCUUGUCGUCGCUGAAGCGAUGAACAUUAACGUGGAGAUGCCCGGUGGAAGGGGAAUCGUGGUGGUGAAUCCGUUGAAUAAGCCUGAAGACCUGGAGCGCUUGCCAAGUUCUGUUGAUGUCCACAAGAAGUUAGGGCAUGUCCUUGAAGCAAUCAAAGAAAUCAAUCGCCAGAUAGACAAAGAAAAUCUAGGCGUCCCUCUCAUUGGUUUUUCUGCUGCUCCAUGGACAUUGCUUUACUACAUGGUUGGUGGCAGUUCGAAGAAAAACACUGGCAACGGUAUGCUUUGGCUCAGAGAUCACCCGAAAGAGUCGCGCUUACUUCUGGAUUCGCUGACAACUGUUGUCAUUGAUUAUUUGGACGCUCAGAUUCACGCCGGAGUUCAUAUGGUGCAAGUAUUUGAAGCCAUGUGUGAACAUAUUGAUGAAGAGAACUUUAUCAACUUUGCUUAUCCUUGCCUUGAACGGAUAGCGAUUGAGAUCAGAUCCCGCCAUCCUGACACACCCAUUCUUGGAUUCACUCGCGAUGCUCCAUAUGGACUACAUUAUCUUCAACAUGCCGGUUACGAUGUCAUGACAGUCGACACGACGAUGCGAGGUCAUGAUGCUCGUGCUAUACUUCAAGAAGAGGCAAGUGCAAGGGGAGUAGAACCUGGUCAACUUCAAGGGAACUUUGACCCUGCCUUACUUCAUAUAGAUACUGGGGGGGAUUUGAAAGCAAUUGAGUCCGGAGUAAAGCGCAUGCUGACUGAAUUUGGUCCACAGAAGCUUAUCGCCAACCUCGGAGCUGGUCUCACGGGCAAAGAAGAUCCAGCAAGAGUUGAUUUUUUCGUAAACUGUGUACAUAAUUUCAGUGAAGAGAUGAUUGCUGAAGAGACGGUAUGAGACCUGAAGGAUUGUUCCAUCCUCCGUUUUCAUCACAGAUAUCUCUUUAGAACAUAAAUCAUGUCCUCUUAAGCUGGGGGGUCAGCACACGUCGCAGUCUCCAUGUUCAAGCAGGCCUUCUUUUCUUUAACUUUUUGUGCUCAAGUCCAUACGUGCUCGUUGCUCUGAGUCGUCUGCUCAUCGCUACGAUGAAAUUCCGGACAACGAGGUUUUUUGUGGGGUUUGAACUUCACUUAACACAGUACGUACACUUACAAAUUGAGCAACGUGCAGUCCAAGGGACCAACGCUCAGCCUUCAGUUUGGUAUCAGGGUCAGGACACAGGUGACAACCUAGUGUGUUGGGGUUUAAUUCCCUUCGAAGGUGUGAGUAGAUGUAUGCUACAUCCGAGUAUUUUACUUUAGACAGUUAUACUGUACCGAUUCACUCAAAGCAGAAGCAUUUUUUUCCGGAGCUUAGUACGUGUACACUGGCACUAGUUUGUUAUCAGCCCAGUAUAAGCGUAGCGCAACAUGCAUGUCACAACUUGUACUCCCGUGCAAACAUUUGAACGGAAGUAUCAAAGAAAUAGAAGACUCUCGCUAUCUAUUUGAAGAGCACAUGCACCCUAAUAAUACCCUAAUAAUGUUUCC